GGCCGGCCUCCAUCCCUGGCCCCGCACCCCGCGCCUCGCCGCCACCGGGCGCUGAUCGCUCGCGGCUCCUCCGUGCGGCCCGCUUCCGGUAGGGCCGGGGAGUCUCCGCCGCAGCUCGGCUCCCGCGUGCUCAGCACUGCCAGUGGCGGUCAGAUGCAGGCGGAGCUCGGAGCUCGGGGAGGCCGCGGGAGGCGGUCUGGCCGCGACCGGCCCGGCGGAGACCGCCACAGCGAGCGGCCAGGAGCCGCAGCGGCUGUAGCCAGAGGUGGCGGCGGCGGGGACGGAGGCGGCCGCCGGGGCCGUGGCCGCGGCUUCCGCGGUCCUCGCGGAGGCCGAGGAGGAAGAGGCGCCCCGCGAGGCGGCCGCCGGGAGCCCGGAGGCCGGGGUGCCGGGACCAGCGCGCCGGUUGAAGAUGACAGCGAUGCAGAGACCCAUGGGGAAGAGAAUGAUGAACAGGGAAAUUAUUCUAAAAGAAAGAUUGUCUCUAACUGGGAUCGAUAUCAAGAUAUUGAAAAAGAGGUCAAUAAUGAAAGUGGAGAGUCACAGAGGGGAACAGAUUUCAGUGUCCUCCUUAGCUCUGCAGGGGACUCCUUCUCGCAGUUCCGAUUUGCUGAGGAGAAAGAAUGGGAUAGUGAAGCUUCUUGUCCAAAACAGAAUUCAGCAUUUUAUGUGGAUAGUGAGUUAUUGGUUCGAGCCCUUCAAGAGCUGCCUCUCUCCCUCCGACUCAAUGUUGCUGCUGAGCUGAUCCAGACCACAGUUCCUUUAGAGCUUCCUCAGGUGAAACCAAAGAGAACCGAUGAUGGCAAGGGAUUAGGGAUGCAGUUAAAGUGGCCCUUGGGGCCUGAAGGAAGGGAGCUGAAAGCUGCCACUGCUGGCCGCCCUGUGUUGCUGGGCAAAGACCACCCAAGACCAGGUCCUUCCGACGAUUCUCAGAAACCCACUUCCCCACCGCAGUCAGCAGGAGACCGUUUGGAAGAAGAACUAGAUCUGUUGCUUAACUUAGAUGCACCUAUAAAGGAGGGAGAUAACAGCUUGCCGGAUCAGACAUCUCCGGACCGGAAAUCCAAGAAAGAUGGGGAGGUGGUCCAGGGGGAAGAAGUUUGUGCAGAACCAUCUGUGAAUGAAGAAAAGAACAUGGAACCUGACCAACCAAGAACAUCCAAAAAUGUUACCGAGGAAGAGCUGGAAGACUGGUUGGACAGCAUGAUUUCCUAAAAGGGGGUAGGAAAUUUUGGUUGCCUUCUAAGGGCAGGUGGGCAUAAGGCUGUCGUUCAGGAACAGCCAGUUUACAAGCAUGCCCCAAGCUAGUGUGUUCCAUUAUGCUCACAGCAGCAAAUGCAAUGCCUACCUCUGUGCGUGACAUCCGAAAGAAUACCUUGAAGCAGCUUGUUGCAUUUGUUUUUCUGGCUUAGUAAUGUAAUAGAUUUCCUCAAGGACAGGGCGUACUGUGGCCCUUGUUUCUUGCCCCCGCCUUUGCAGUGUUUACAGCAUAGCAGGUGCUGCUGCUGAUUACGAGAAGAGAUGCCAACAAGGCAUGCAUUUGGUCACAAUAAACAAAUGCUGGUCUGUCC